AUGUCCAUCCUUCAUGCCGGGUACCCACAGUCUCCUAUUGUCCACUUUGGACGCCAUCAUAAUGUCAAUAUUAGCCAACUUGAUCUGAAUCAUUUGGGACAAGUUGAGAAUGUUCCGAGACAAGUCAAUAACGCGCUGGUGUCGUCCUCUUCGGAAUUGCCACUGCCUCUUUUCCGAUACAUAUGGGAUGAGGUUAUGACAAUUCAUGAGGAACGAAAUGGAUGUGGAGUGAGGAACAAUUACAAGACUCCUCGAGACUCGGCCGUCGGCAGCGGCGGUGCUGCUUUCCACCAUCUGCACACUUCUGCUGCUCCGAGACACGUGGCCUCCUCGGAGUUCUACGACGACGACGAGGCAACGUCGCCGAGUGGAGGAAUCGAGAUUUGCGCCGGUGGCGGUAAGAUGAUGGCCAAUCUGCGUCGACAUCGUCAACGGGAACGCGAGGCGUACGAAGAUGAUUCAUUUUCGUCGUCGGACGAAUCGUCCGGACGUCCAAUGCCGCGUUACGUCGGUCGUGACACCGACCACGUGUUCGGAGAGUUCGAGAUGGACGAUGAAGAUGUGGAGAUGAGAAGUGGAAGUGGUAGACGAGACGAGGGAAAAUGCAUAUACGGAGAGGAUACCGACGAAGAUGAUUACGAAGAAGAGGAAUCAGUUUCGGAGUUGCUGCCGCUCGGGGGAGGAACUCGUCGGGUGCCGCGAACCCCGAGAAGAAAGAACUCGUCCAAGUGUGGAUUCUUUGACUACUACAAGUUAACGGAUGAGCACUUGGGCUCCGGUGCUUACGGGUCUGUGACAACCUGCAAGUCGAUCAAAUCGGGUCAGGAGUUCGCUGUGAAGAUCGUCGACAAGCAAGGCGAGACUCACUCCCGUAAACGCAUCCUCCGCGAGGUCAACAUCUUCAAGACUUGCAAAGGACACCCAAACAUCGUUCAGCUUCUUGACUGGUUUGAAGAUGACACCAAUUUCUAUCUUGUCAUGGAGAAAAUGCGCGGUGGUCCAUUGCUCCAACACAUUCUCCAGCGUGGCUACUUCACCGAAGAGGAGGCUCGUCGUGUUACCAAGGAUAUCGCAUCGGCUCUCAAGUUUAUGCAUGAUCGUGGAAUAGCUCAUCGCGAUGUGAAGCCGGAGAACGUGCUGUGCACCGAUCCCAAUCAUGUCUCGCCUGUCAAACUUUGUGAUCUGGAUUUGGCAAGCCAGCGUCGGCCACAACACGAACGUCAUCCGUUGAGCCAAGUCGCUUCGGAGCCUGACCUUGCUUCUCCCGUCGGUUCGGCUGAGUUCAUGGCACCGGAAGUUGUGGAUGCUUACGUCGGAGAUGCUCUCAAGUACGACAAAAAGUGUGACACGUGGAGUUUGGGAGUCAUCCUAUACAUCAUGCUCGCUGGUUACGCUCCAUUCCAAGGGCAGUGCGACGAUUCUGACUGCGGUUGGUCUGAAGGAAAACCAUGCGAAGACUGCCAACAAGAUCUCUUCCAUCGUAUCCAAGACGGUUACUACGAGUUUCCUGAGGAAGAAUGGGGAAUGAUUUCUGAUGAGGCGAAGGAUUUGGUCUCGAAGUUGCUGAAACGCGAUCCGAUUGACAGGUUCGUAUGUGGUCACUAUUUCUUGUCCCUCCGCCUUCGCUGUGGGGAGAAUGCCGCACAGAUGGCGCAGGGGUGUACGCGCGCGCUUGUCAUAUUCAAUGCCGAUCAGAUUCUUGCUCAUCGCUGGCUCCAACAAUCUGCCGCGUCCACUAUUCUCCAAACACCAUCUAACCUCAUCUACCGCAAGGAUUCUGCUCGUGACGUCCAGCAAAUGUCGGAGCAUUUCAACAUGAUGAAUCGGCUCACGGAUGCUCGUCUCUCAGCGAGAUUCGACAAGAUGACCAUGAGUGAUGCUGCGAGUGAUUUGGGAACUGCCACUUUCCACGGUGACGGCUCAUUCUUGUCAAUGGGCGGUGAACUGUUUGGUACUUUCCCACGAAAGAAAUCUGUUGGAAUUGCCAUCGAAAAGUCUCGCAGCGGAGAAUUCACUCCACCAAUCAGCCGUGCUUCUCCAACAACUCCACCACCAUCGAUGCUCGACUUGAGCCAGGAUUUGAUGGAUUCGCCAGUCAAGAGAAGAUCUGCCGAUGAUUCCGGAACAUACUCCCUCUUCUCCCCAGCAUCCUCAAACGGGGAUGACGACAUUCGUUCUCCACCAAUUCUCUUCCUCGACAUGCCAUCCAUUCAACUGUUCGGAGCUGAUUCAACAGUCCUCAAUUCCGUUCAAAUGACUCCUCGACAUACCACCGAAGACGAGGCGUCAUUGAAUUCGUUCGAAGGAGAGCAGGAGAAUCCAAUCCAUCGUGUCGAGACUCAGGUCAACGUCUAG